AUGUCUCCUUCACGCAUAGAAGACUAUCCCGAUUCAAAAGUUAAACAUGAGCGGUUUCCUCCUUGUCUGCUGCCCCCUCUCCGCGGGUCUCGAACGACACCGGCGUUCUCAGUGUCAGCACCGGUGACCCAGUUUGGGUCCAUCAUCGAAACUCAGUUCCUUCCGGAACGAGAAUGGCACGAGUCGGGACACCACAUCGACCCGGUGACAAUAUGCAAGGCAGCCUGGAUAUUAACGCUGCAAUGUUUCGUCCAGGCCGAUAUUCUCUGCUUCGUCUACCAAGAAGUGGAGUCGGCAGGUUGCAUUUACAGCACAAGCACUGAUCCAGUCCUGUAUUUGACUCGGGUCGACGGGGGCGAGGAGGCCCGGGACUUUCUACGAAGACUCGGGGUUGGUACGGUAUCUACCGUCUUGACAGCGCCGCGCGGUCACGAAAUCUGUAUUGUGGAAGGGCAGCUUGCGGUAGGGGAUUUUGGCAACACCUUGCUCUACUACUCUGGAGAGGGUGAUGGUGGCACAAGACCUAGGCUAUUAGCCGGUAGAAGGCCCUUGGGGAUGGACAUCCGUGUCGGCAUAAGCAAGGAGGUAAAUGGCCGAAUUUCAGCCGCCCUUGACUUCCGGCGUUCCCACAUGAGUCAGGAUGCCGCAACCAGCAUCUUCCGGACCUUCCAGCAUAUCGCCUCGCAGCUAGCAGAUGUGGCCAUGAUCGCACCGAGCCGAGGUACAACGCGGCUAGAGGACAUCGAUGUUUGUUCUUCCCACGACUGGCAAUCAGUCCGGCAACUUACUGCAUCGGUCAGUCCAGUGGAGGAACAGUGUCUUCAUGACAUGAUUGUGGCACAAUGCAGGAGGUUCCCUAACCGCACUGCGGUGAUGUCAACGGAUGGGGACGCCCUGACAUACGGUGAACUUGACGAUCUCUCACAAAGGUUAGCCUACAAAUUGGCCCAACUUGGUGUGAGGCCCGAGGCGUUUGUGCUCAGCUGCUUUGAGAAGUCUAUCUGGGCCGUGGUUGCUCGGCUGGCUAUUAUGCGUGCUGGGGGCGCCUACAUCUCCAUCCACGCCACCAACCCACCCGCCUAUCUCGAAUCAGUCAUCACCCGGGCCGGCACUCGCAUCGUUGUUUGCGACGAGAAACACGCCAACCAAUUCCGCCACCUCGUCCCUAUCACAGUGGAAACCUCCCCGAGCAGCCUCCGCAGUCUCCCGGUGCCAGAUCGAGACCCAGUCUGCGACAGGGUGUGCCCCGAUAACGCCUGUCUCGUUCUUUUUACCUCCGGCAGCACCGGAAAGCCCAAGGGCAUUGUGCAGGUUCACCGGUCGUAUGCGACGGCUAUCCGAAACUAUGCCAAAAUCCUGUCCCUCGACACAAACACGCGGUACCUCAGCUUUGAUGACUACGCCUUCGACAUCAGCAACCUCGAGUUCAUGGUGCCCCUGAUUACGGGCGGAUGCUGCUGCGUGCCGGGCCCCAUGGCAACGGUGCAAGACCUAGCCUAUAACAUCAACGCCCUGAAAGCCAACGCGGCCUUUCUGACACCGACUGUGGCCGUCAAACUAGACCCGGCUGACGUCCCGAGUCUGGAGAUCCUCUGCGUCGGCGGAGAGCCGUUGUCGGCUGAACUCGUGGCCAAGUGGACAGGCGGCAGCACCCGGCUUGUCAACCAAUACGGCAUGGGCGAAGCCGCCAUCAGUUGCUGCUACAACGACAAGGUCCGUCCAGGACGAACCAACAUCGGCCGACCAACAAGCGGCGCCGUGUUUGUGGUAAAUGCCACCUCCCACGACAAGCUCUUACCUGUCGGCGCCGUAGGCGAGCUCCUAAUGGAAGGCUCGCACCUCGCGCGCGGCUACCUGGACCAAACCGCCGCCCGACGCACGGAAGCCGUGUUCCUCGAGACCCCCCCAGCCUGGCUCACCGCGAUGCACCCAACCCGGGUCUCAGGCACCGCCCAGCCCCGUCUCUACCGCUCGGGCGACCUCGGCCGCUGGAACCAUGACGGCACGAUCGACUACGUCGGGCGCAAGGACCACAUCCUCAAGCUCGACGGGUGCCGCAUCAACGCGCUCGAGGUCGAGCACCAGGGCCGCAAGCGCCUCUCCCCACUCGACACCAUCAUUGUCGACAUCUUCGGCAUCGUCGACGGCGAGGAGGACCCCGUCCUCACCGCCCUCCUCCACCUCGACAACCACCCCAUCACCCCCACCCCCACCACACCCACCACACCCACUCACAACACCCUCCCCAACGAACCCACCAUAACCGACGCCACCGCCGACCCGCACACCGCCACGAAGGUCACCGAAAUCAAAGACGCCAUCGCGGCCGCGUUGCCGCCGUACAUGGUGCCGACGCAGUUCCUGCUGCUGUCCCACGUGCCGCGCACGCCGUCGAAAAAGACGGACCGCAGGAUGAUUGGACAUGUGGGAUUGAAGUACCAUCUUGCGCGGCGGGCGGAGAGGAGGGGGGAUGUGGUGCUGGCGACGAGGGCGAGGGUGGUGUUGCCUUAG